AUGCCAUCGCUUGACCAAGAGAUGACGUGCGCCACAGGUCAUCACCAAGCGCCCAACCAUCAACGAACAUCAGUUAUCAAAUGCGACAUUCUCAUCAUAGGUGCUGGCGCUGCAGGCUUAGCAGCGGCCGCGGCCGCGCAUGAUCCAGGGCUCAGAGUCAUCCUCGCCGAGAAGGAAGAUCACGUUGGCGGCACGACUUUCAGGUCCGGUGGCUGCAUGUGGAUGCCCAACAAUUUCCUCAUGCAGGAAACUGGCAUCGAAGAUAGCAAAGAACAAGCCGCCGCUACACCAAUGCUUCUUGAGGAACAAGCCUUCCAUGGGCGCCUACGUGAUGAGCGUCUCGACGCAUUUUUGACGCAGGGACCCGAGAUGAUGAGAUAUUCAGAGACCAAGGUUCCGAUGGAUGGCCAAACCGUCCCAGUUUCCAGACUAUCACCCGCACAUCGAAGGUGCGGUCCACCAUGGUCGCACCUGGACCCCGCGGUUUUUGAUGCGGCAAGCCUAGGUCACUACCAGAAAUACCUUCCAAAACCAGAUGGCGCACCCGUGAUCCCCCGAUUCGAGGACUUUCGAGUCUUGACAAGGCUGCGUUCCUCGGGGCAGUGUCGUGCAGAAGUUUCGGCUCUUCCAAAGGGAAUGUCGAGGCCUGUGUCGAUGGGUCGAUCGCUGAUCGCUCAGCUCCUCAAGGUGUGCAAGGAACACGACAAUGUGGAAAUCUGGACUGGAUGGGAGCUGAGUGAGCUGUUACUAUCUGGACAUGAUGGUGGUGUAAUAGGAGCAAGGGUUCAACGCAGAGGCAGCGAGGAACUUGUCGACAUCCACGCAUCGCUGGGUGUGAUCUUAACCACAGGAGGUUUCUCUCAGAACCAGGAGAUGAGGGAUGCAUACCUAGCGGGAACAGCCACGAGCGAAGCAACUUCAGGUAUGCCGACCAAGGCGGAAUGGAGCCUUGCAUCUGACGGAGACGCCGGUAUCGCGCUGCGAGCCGGCCAAAGGAUCGGUGCUGGUAGCGCACAGCUCGGCCAAGUCUGGGGCAUCCCCACCAUGAUCGAUCCUAGGACAGGGAAAGUGACGGAGGCCAUGUUUGCCAUAUCCAAGCCGUUCUCUAUAGUAGUCGAUGGCUGUGGCCGCCGCUUCUUCUCCGAGUCCCAGCCCUACGGUGAGGCCGUUAGGUCCAUGUAUGAGAGAGCGAAUGAGGACGUAGAAGCGGCCACCUUCUGGCUUGUCUUUGACCGGAGAUACAGAAGAAGAUAUCCCAUUGGGAGCCUCAAGAGCACCUGGCAGAUUGACCAGGCUGUCGAACAAGGCUUGCUCUUGCGCUCGGAUACUAUUGACGGCCUAGCUGAGCAGAUGCAUGUGCCGAGCCGCAACCUGCAGACGACGGUGGACGAGUGGAAUGAAAUGUGUGAUCAGGGUCGAGAUAAGUAUUUCCAUAGGGGCGAGGACAAGUACCAACAGUUCAUCGGUGAUCCAACUGUGGUGCCGAACCCAUGCAUAGGCCCUGUCAAGGAAAGCCCCUUUUAUGGCAUCAGAAUCUUUCCCGGUGAUGCUGGCACGAGAGGCGGUCCUCAGACUGACCAGUUCGCAAGAGUACUGAGGGCAGAUGGGAGUGUGAUCUCUGGUUUGUUUGCUGGAGGUAACGCAUCAGUUGCGCUACUUGGAACUCAGGGCGCGGGAACGACACUCGCUCCUGCGAUGACCGAGGGUUUUAUCGCGGUGAAGUAUAUGCAGCAUCUAGCUCGUGGCAGCGGCGUAAUCCUCGAGGAUCGGUAA